UUUAACAUUGAAACAAUUAUAGAAAGUUUGCAUAUUGGAUAUCGAACAAAACUGGACAAGAAGUCUCAGGUGCAUUAUGGAUGCAAAUCAAUUAGUGCAUUUAACUGAACUGCAUUACUAGUCGGAUUAUGAAUAAUGCACGAAGAAAGCGCAUAUAACACUCACCAAUCCCAGGAAGAUUUACCAUUUUGUGCAAUCAUGUACGAAGAUGCGGUCAAUAAUAUCGGGGAGCCAAUCCUACUGCACGACGUCGUCUACGAUAAACGAACGAAGAUCGUCUACGGAGCGCCCGAAAUCUACGUCCCCGAUCCAUUCGGCUUAGGUCACACUUUCCACGAGAAUCUUCAGAAAUACUCGGAUCGUGUUGGACAGAUAGAUUCAAAGACGUUAAAAACAGAAACAUGCGGGUCCAUGUUGAGAAGGAGUAUCGGAACGGCCGAAGCGCUUAAGAGAUUGGGUAUAGGACCUGGAGAUGUUGUCAGCAUAUGCUCCAUAAACAACUUCGACAAUGCCAUCCCGUUUAUUGCUGCUCAACUGAUCGGAGCGAAAUUGGCCUCGAUGGAUCCGAAGAUUGGUUUAACCGAUACGGAGCAUCUCCUGAAACUGGUAGAACCGAAGAUAAUUUUCGUUUCGCAACAAUCCGAAGCGAUGAUCGAACAAGCCAUACACAAUUGUCGCAUGGACACGUUGAUUGUUGUUAGCGGAGGCAGUGAUAGGCACAAGAGUUUCCAAGAAUUCUCUCAAGAAGCAAAAGACGUUUCAAAGUUCGAGCCUUACAAAACUAAAAGCAACAAGGAGACCGCAAUUAUCAUGUUCAGCAGCGGAACUACGGGAUUAUCGAAAGGAAUCUGCUUAACGCAUUACGGAUUGGCGUGUCAAUCGCAUCAUUUGAUUUCGGCUGGAUUCAAUUUCGAUGUUUGUUUGAGUUACGCCUCGACCUAUUGGAUUUCCACGACGAUGUUCCUGACGACUAGCUUGAUUUUUGGAAAAACUCGUGUCAUCGCGACAGCCUUUGAUCCUAACGAGUUUUGGUUGAUUGUGGAUCAAUGCAAAGUAUCUUUUAUAAUGAUGGCACCGAUACAAGGUAUUGCUAUCACGAGGUCGAAGAGACCGGAACACGUGGACACUUCAAGUCUAGGAGAUAUUAUAUUAUCCGGAGGAUCGUUUUCUGCGGAAAGCAAUAGGCUUUUGAAGGAUUUGGUGCCGGGAACGCACGUGCAACUGAUUUAUGGUCAAACUCAAGGAGCCGGAAUGGUGGCAAAUUUUAGAUCCUGCGACCCGAGGGACGUUAUCCUCUUCAAUAAGAAGCCUUUAUCAGCGGGAAGACCGAACGUUGGAUUCGAAUACAAAGUUGUAGAUCCGGAAACGCAGAGGAAUGUAGGAAUGAACGAGCAUGGGGAGAUUCGUUAUAAAUCUCAAUGCCAGAUGAACGGGUAUUAUAACAUGGAUUCGAGCGAAGGAUUCGAUUCGGAUGGAUUUGUCGCUACAGGAGAUGUCGGCUAUUACGACGAAGACUUCUGUUUCUACGUAGUAGAUAGGAUCAAAGAGAUGUUGAAAUUCAGAUCAUAUCACAUUCCACCUGCGAGAAUAGAAAACAUUCUUCUGACUCACAGCAAAGUCGCAGCGGUUGCCGUGAUCGGCGUUCCUCAUGAGGUGGACGGAGAUCAUCCUAUGGCAGUGAUCAUACCGAAACCGAACACUCGGCCGACGGAGAAAGAGAUCAUUAAAUAUUUGGAUGAGAGAAUCGACGAUAUGUACAGGUUGCGUGGCGGAGUCAAGUUCGUUGAAACUCUACCCUACACCCCAUCCGGAAAAGUCAAGAAGAAUGUCUUAAAGAAGAUGUUAUUGAAACAUUAGAUUUGUUCCACUUUGACGCAUUAAACACUGAAUUGUUGGCUUCGUUUUUAAAAUAUUAACGGUAAUAGUGGUGUGUUUAUCUGCAGACGGCGUUCGUGUUUACGCCGUCUGUAUAAUAGAUUAUCAUCAAUUCUUCACCAACAGCUUUCUUCUUUAUGCGCAUCUCCACCAAUUUGCAUAUUUAUCCAAAUAACCGCUUCUAAGUAAAUUGAUACGUAAAAGUCAUGUAAUUUGAUAGAUUGUCUGCACUUCAUCAGAAUAUUUAGUGGGAACGAAUCUCAGUUAAUACCACA